AAGCGCCUCUCCUUCAUCCCGCCCAUCCCUCCAUCCCGCCCGACCUCACUCUCUUUUGCUUUGAUUCGUUGUUGUCCUGUGCUGCCAUUACUCGUGGCCUGCCGCUUCAGCAACUCACCCGUUCCUCACCAGCCCGACUCCCUUCAAUCUCCCAAUCUAUUUCUUCACCACACUACGCCCCUUGUGCAAGUCAACGUCCACAAUAAUGCAGCCAUGUGUUUCGGUUGCAGGCUUACAUCAUGAAUAACCCCCACGACUACCUUCUCACGUCGAAUACCAUCCCGCGGCGUCCAUCAGAUCCUGACAAUGUAUCUAGCUGGGUUAUGCUCAACGAGAGCGGCUUUGUAAAGCUUGCCAACGAGCGCAUCCUUUUGAAACUUGACUCGCGUAUAUCAUGCGAGCUCUCUGUUCCACAGGUACUUCGAGCAUCUUGCUCGGCGUUCCAGCGCCGAAGCGAUAGAGGCACCUUGUUCUUGACAAGCAAGCGUGUUAUAUACUUGCCCAUGCAGCCGACUCAAGUGCCCAAAUUCGAAUCUUUUAGCGCUCCUAUUCUCAAGCUUCAGGACUCCAGCACAUCAUCCUCCAUGUGGUGGGGUUGGGUCUGGAAAUCAGACUGUAUUCCUGUCUCUGGUGGCGGUAUCCCAGCAGAUCUUCCUCGCAUAGAAGUCAAAUUCACUUUUUCUGACGGCGGUAUGAACGACUUCAAUGAAGCGUAUGUUCGACUCCGCGAGAGAUUAUACCAACUGCAAGAGGUCCGCCAAGAGAUGGGCGCCGGGGCAGAUCUCCCAGACGAGCCGUUGCCCGCAUAUGAAGCCGAAACCAACACGACGCCACCACAGGCAGCUCCAACUACAACACUGAGCGUUCCUCGCCCCAAUCGCUCGGAUAGCACGGAGAGCCGUCGAUCACCAAAUGAACCACCGCCCGGUUAUGACGAGGCACAGGCGCAACAAAUUAGUAUUCGUCUUGAGGACCACAUUAGGGAUGAAGUAAAUCGGGGAGAAUAUGAGGCAUGACGUAUAGCAACUUUGUACAGACUAACUCUGGAGUUAUCGGGAAUGUUUUGACCUUUUUAUUGUAUUUUGCUUCCCUAGCGAUGGCGGUUUUUUUUGAAUUCUACUCAAAUGCUCUUUACAUAGCUUACACGGGAAAGGGUGGCGCUAUCUCUUUUCAAACGACGUCAACGACGGAUGAUUUCUCAAAUUUAAACUUAUUGCUUCCACAAUAUAUUGCAAUUACUCCAUUGGG